AUCUCCACUUCUGCACGAUAGACGCGGCAACGUUAGACGGAGACUAGUUUGUGCCGAGCUCCCGCGUGAUAGGAAGGUGGGUACGUACAAAGACUCAAAAUCGCUUUCGAUUUCCCUGCUUGUCUCCAUCUGGCUUGUCCUUCCAUCCUUUCUUUGUCUGACCAGAACACAGUAGCAAUCAUGCCUCCAAUCGCCAUCACACCUCCAGCCGAGAACGAAACGACGACGGACCUCACCACCGCGGGAAUCAAAGACGCCCUCAAGAAAACCGCACCGUCACAGCUCAAAUCCGCCGCCCUGACAGACGACAUCACAAACCUCCCACCCACACCAAAGACCGAGAAUGGCACUGAGACUCCACUAAGAGAACUGGAUGCGUCCCGCCUCAAAUGCACCUACACCACCUCCCCGCGCCCCGUCCCUGCCGCCGGUUCCGCAGAACAGGCCUCUCAGAGAGUAUGCACCGACCACAUGAUCCAAGCCCAUUGGACCUCCUCCACCGGCUGGCAAGAUCCGUCUCUCCAACCAUACGGCCCGCUGUCCCUCAUGCCCACGGCAUCCUGUCUGCACUACGCAACUGAGUGCUUCGAGGGCAUGAAACUCUACCGCGGCUACGACGGCAAACUGCGCCUCUUCCGCCCCGAGCUAAACUGCAACCGCAUGCUCAUGAGCACGAACCGCAUCGCGCUGCCCGCCUUCCCGCCCUCGGAGCUGCUCAAACUCAUCGCCGCACUCUGCGCCACCGACGGCCCGAAGUGGCUCCCACGAGACAACCCAGGCGCCUUCCUCUACAUCCGCCCCACGAUGAUCGCCUCCGACCCCGCCCUCGGCGUCCAGCGCCCCAACGAAGCCCUCCUCUUCGUCAUCCUGACCUGCUUCCCGCCCAUGGACCACCUCCCCGCCGGCAUGAACCUCCUCGCCAGCCACGACGACAUGUGCCGCGCCUGGCCCGGCGGCUUCGGCUACGCCAAGGUCGGCGCUAACUACGGGCCCUCGCUGCUCGCACAGGGCGAGGCGCGCAGCCGCGGCUUCCACCAGAUCCUGUGGCUGUUCGGGCCGGACUGCGCGGUCACAGAGGCCGGCGCGAGCAACUUCUUCGUCGUGUGGCGCUCGCGCGCGGGCGUCGUGCAGCUCGUGACUGCGGGGCUGGGGGAUCGCAUCGUGCUGGACGGCGUCACGCGGCGGUCUGUGCUGGAGCUUGCGCGCGGGCGGCUCGCUGCCGGAGAGGGGUACGCGGGGCUUGAACGCGUCGAGGUGGUGGAGCGGACGUAUACGAUGCAAGAGGUCGUUGAGGCCGCGGAGGAGGGCCGCUUGAUCGAGGCGUUUGCCGCGGGCACCGCGUGGUUUGUGGCGCCGGUCGCGCGGAUACAUUUUCGCGGCAGGGAGUUUGGUGUGCCGAUGGGGAAGGAGGGGAGGAUGGGGGAGUAUACGCGCGUGCUGAAGAGUUGGUUGAGGGGGAUUAUGUGGGGGGUUGAGGGGUGGGAGGGGCAUGAGUGGGGGCAUGUUGUUGAAGAGGAGGAGUAAGAGGAGAAAAGGGAGCUGUGGGGAGCCUGGCUGUGUGUGUGUUACGGACCUGCCUUUUCAUUGCUUUCGUUGACUAGCAUAUGGCGUUUCGGAGUGGGGGGGUUAACAUUCACCCUUUUGUCACAUAAGCAGCGGGUGAGAAUCGUUAGUUACGGUUAUGUCGAGCGAGUGUUCAAGCACCCAAAAUUGCAGCUUACGUCGCGCCAGCAGCAGCGGGCAGUGUAUUCAUCAAAAAGACCAUUUAUCCAGACCGUUUCCCCUAAACCGUUCCAUCCUACUCUACGGCUGCCCUGCCACAUCUAUCUUCGUUGUGCCUUGUAUUGUCUUGUCUC